AUGGAUAUGAAAAUGUCAAAUUCAUUGACAGUUCGGGUGUCAUGGUAUUCCGAUAGUCCGAGUUUUCCCGAUGGAAAAUAAUUUCUCACUACACCUAUACAUACCUACAUUACCUACGUUAACACUUAACAUCCAUUUACAUACAUAAAUUAAGACGGUUAUAAUAGUGCGACGCUACUCAAAAACGUCAUAAAAAUGCGAUAUUAAAAUUUAAGGAAUUAAAUUUUGAUGUUUUUAUUUUAAAACUUCUUUGUGCACAAUAACUGCUUAUUUACCUUUUCACCAUUCCUCUAUAACAUUUUGGAGACAAAUUAUGACUACUGAUAGUGAUAGUGUUAUGAAUAAAACGUGGAUACGCAAUUUGUCUUCAAUACAAAAGAUUGCUUAUGCUGAUGGUGCAGCUGACGGGCAAGCUGCUGCAUACCAAACAAGCUUUAACAUAGGUUACGAAAAAGGCUUUAGCACAGGUUUUGAAUUAGGUUCAAACAGAUCUAGUAGAUCUAGAAAUAUUAUUAACAAUCUACAAGAUACAAGAAAAAUAAAUUGCCAAAUUUGUAUAAACGGAGCUCCAACUGAAGAGAACAUUGGAAACCUGUACAACAUACAGCAAGAGAAGAACCUGGAAUUGAUCAACAAUUUAAAAGAGCAAUAAAAAGCUUUAUCGUUAA